CACUAUUAAUCAGUUCCAUUUACUGUUCGUUGCGGAUCUGAAGCUUUAUGGCGACCAGAGUCGACGAUGAUGGCCGCCCAAUGCGAACUGGGACUUGGGUGACGGCGAGCGCCCACAUCAUUACAGCGGUAAUUGGAUCAGGCGUUCUAUCCCUGGGUUGGGUGGCCGGACCGGCCACUCUCAUCAUCUUCUCCCUCGUAACCCUUUUCACCUCCACCCUCCUCGCCGACGCCUACCGCCACCCGGACCCGGUCACCGGCCAGCGCAACUACACCUACAUGGACGCGGUCCGGACCCAUUUAGGUGGUUUCAAGGUCAAGUUUUGCGGUGUGGCUCAGUAUGCGAACCUUGUUGGGGUCACUGUCGGUUACACGAUCACAGCGUCUAUCAGCAUGGCGUAAGCUACCCAAUUAAAUGCAACCCCCAUCUCGAUCUUUUUACUUAUGCAAAUGUUCAUUUCUUUACUUAACUAAUUAUUAAAGAGCCCGUUGUUUAGUAUUGAUUGAGACAUGCACGCACGGAUGGACACAGGACACCCUGAAAUCGAGCCCCGCGGAGAAUAAAACAAUGAAACGGGC